ACGGUGUUGGUGAUACAGAUCGCAUGGGACAGAGCGUGAGCCAAGUACGGCGUCGGCUACAGGGUGAGCCGCCACCGCAGGACGAGGCGACAGAAGGGCCACCGCCUGACCCUGUCACCCUCCUCGAGACGAACAAGGCGCCGCUCUUCAUCGAGGACUACGACGCGCCCAAUGCCGAGUGGAACCGCGAAACGCUAUACACCUACGCCAAGCGGCUCUGCGGCGCGCUGCCCGAGUCCGAGACGGAGCGGCGCAAACGGUCCCAGCGCCACGCCUCGUUCGUCCCUGGCACCCACAGCGACAUCCACUUUUCGUGCCAGCACCAGCAAAGCGUCCCCGUCCUCGUGGCCGACGCGGCCGUGCGACGCAUGCAAACCUUCAUGCGCCGCGUCAUGUACCGGCGGCGCUGGCGCAACACCGUGUAUACGCUCGUCCAUCGGCUCCGCGAGCAAGCGCAGCUCGAGCGCGUCCGCGCCGAAGAAGCCGCGAUGCUCGGCCGCUUUCGCGAUAUUUUGCUUGGCGGUUUCUCGGCCGCCAAGGUCUCGGCGCGCGGCAACCUCAAGAACAUAACCAUGCGCCUCGUUGUCGACGGCGACGCGUGCUACUUGACGUGGACACCGUCCGUGAAGAAGGCCCCGCGGCUCUUUAUCCAUCACAUUGAUCGCGUCGUUGCCGUCAAGAAGGGCGAGAACCUGCAUGUGCCAUCGCGGCUCUUGCGGCACAUUAGCUACCGCCGGUCGCUCAUCAUCUACGGCACGCUGCCGCAUCUGGCGGCGCUGCCUCUGCGCACCAUCCUCCAAGUCGGGUCGUCCAAGGAGCGCGAUCUUCUCGUGCGCGGCUUCUCGCAGUUCCUCUCCGACUCGGUCUUUCAGACAUUCAUGGACGACGCCGGCGUGCUUCGGAAAGACAAGCGGCGCGCGUCCAUCACGUACUUUAACCCGACGCCAGCGGAGACGACGACGGACCACCUCACGGCCUUGGAGCGACUCGAGCGCGCCGAGACUCGCCAGCGCCGCGGCCGCGUCUCGUGCUUUGCCUCCAACGAACCGCAGGACCUCAACGACGACGACGACGAUGAUAACGGCAAUGAAGCCCAUCACCAUCGGAGCGACUUUGUGCUGAGCGACGACGACGAGCAGCCCGAGCCGGACCGGUCCGGGUCGGACCACAGCGACGACGGUGUACCAGUCCACCCCCACUCGACUGCUGCGACUACGACCAACAACAAUGCCAGUGCCGAGUUGGAGGAGAAGGCGCCACCGCCGCUAUUGCAGUACUAUGCGACGCGCUACGACGACAUGGAAGUCGCGCCGGGCGUCGUGGACCACCGGCCACGGGCGGCGCUGCCUGUGCUACAGCAAGCGCACCUCGAGAAGGAAGAAGCGUCGCUGGCCUAUUUAUUCGAGAGUCUGCUUUCGCAAUAAGAAAUCGUAUCAUUAUCAAA